ACCACUGUUUAUGAGUUUUCGAUUAAACAAACUUGAAUAAUUAACGAAUGAUUUAGAGAGAAUACAGAAAGAAACAUAAACUUGAAUGAAUUAAUCUCGAAGCAAAUAACUAUAUUUUAAUAAACCAAUUACAGAUUUAGAAAUCUUUAAUCUAUUAUGAUUUUCACGUUUUUAGAAUAGCGUCCGGACGUCGGAAUUAGCUUUACAAUUUUGUUUUUUCUGUCUUCUUUCGGUCUAUCUAUGUCUUCGGUUUUUACGUAACGAACGCAAUUUGUUUAUGAACUAAUAAGAACAAUUGUUAUUAAUUAAUAUCAAUAGCAAUUGUUCCCGUUGGAGCUUAUCGUAUGGUAGAGUUGGCGGUUUAUGCCUUGGCAAUGUUCUUUUCUGUGGUAAUUUAGAUAAAUAUUCAAAUCAGAGAAUGAUUAGAAUUAUCACUGAUUGAUAGAAAACAAAAAUGGCAAUAUUUUUAUUUCCAUUAAGACGAACUUUAGCCCCCGUGCGUGCGUGCGUGAGCGCAUUAUAUAAAUAUAAAUAUUGCAAUCGAUGUUUCGUACACAUAAUUUCCGUACCGAUUAGAUCGAUUAUGGAUUCGAAUGGCGAACAAUUAAUAUCUUGUACAAAAUGGGGAUCUGUCGAUGGUCAAAGCAUUGAGAAGUACACUUUAAAAAAUAACGCGGGUCAGGAGGUGGACAUCGUAACGUACGGUGCAACAAUAACAUCUAUUAGAACUCCAGACAAAGAUGGAAGAAUAGCGGACAUCGUUUUAGGUUUCGAUAAAGUAGAAGAUUACUCGUCCACGGCUUAUAAACCGUAUUUUGGUGCGACGAUAGGAAGAGUCGCGAACCGUAUAAAAAAUGGGGAAUUCACAUUGAACGGGAAAAAGUACCAUUUAGCUAAGAAUGCAGGACAAAAUAGUCUUCACGGGGGCUUUAAAGGGUGGAGUUCAAAAAUAUGGAAUGCCGCUAUUCAGUAUAACCAGCUUGUACUUUCUUUGCUAAGCGAGGACGGUGACGAAGGUUAUCCUGGAGAUGCAAUAGUUUCGGUCACUUUUCAAUUAACCAUCGAUGGAGAGUUACGCAUCGAGAUGAAAGUUUUCGUCGGCAAAGCUACUCCUAUUAACUUGACUAAUCAUAGUUACUUCAAUCUAGCUGGUCAUGAUGGUAACGCAAGCGAACUAUACAAACAUCAGUUUACUUUAAAUGCGGAUCAUUGGACAGUCACCGACACAGAAAGUAUUCCUACUGGAGAAAUACGAUCGGUCCUCGGUACCGUGAUGGACUUGAGAAACUCGACCAUACUUGGAGAUGUUAUUGACAAAGUACCAGGUGGUGGAUACGAUUAUAAUUUUUGUUUAAGGGUAAACGAUACCGCAAACGAAAGAAAUCUUGUUGCCAAAGUUUUACAUCCUACUUCUGGAAGAUAUUUACAAGUUUUUUCGAAUCAGCCUGGAGUGCAAUUUUAUACAGCCAACUCUUUACCCGAGCGCGAGACCCCGGGUAUUAGGGGGAAAAACGGAACCACAUACUUCAAACAUGGUGCAUUCUGUUUAGAAACACAAAAUUAUCCGGAUGCAGUCAAUCAUGAAAAUUUUCCAAAUAGCAUACUUGAACCUGGACAACUUUACCGUCAUACCGUUAUAUACAAGUUUGGAGUAGUAGCAUAGAAAAUACAUACUUAUUCUCUGUAUACGAUACAAUUGUAUUUUGACUAUUAUGUUCUAAUAAUUAGAAUAAAAGUAUGUUAUGUAUUA